AUGGACCGAGACAGCCAGGAGCUUCAAAUGCGCCAAGAUAUUGCCGUCAUUGAAACCGUCGCCUUUUCCGUCGAAGAAGUCAGACGCGUCCUCAGUCAAAUGAAACCUGAUAAGUCCCCUGGACGCGACGGAAUUCCCGGGCUGAUACUUAAGGAGCUAUCAACGGAGCUGUCAAAGCCUCUUUCGACUCUCUUUGAGCUGUCAAUGAGAACAGGAAGACUGCCCUCACAGUGGAAGACAGCUAACCUCGUUCCAUUGCAUAAGGGAGGUAGCAAGAUGACAGCAAGCAGCUUUCGACCUAUUAGCUUAACUUGCCUCCCUUGCAAAACGAUGGAAGCUAUAGUAAAGAACGCUAUACAGCAAUUCUGUGAGGAAAAUAACAUCUUGCAGGAUUUUCAACAUGGCUUCCGGAGAGGACGUUCCUGCCUCUCAAAUCUGCUAGCUUGUCUGGAGAUCUGGACCAGGGCUCUAGAAGAGGGUUUUGUGGUCGAUGUCGUGUACAUCGAUUUCCGCAUAGCUUUCGAUACUGUUCCGCACCAAAGCCUUCUUCACAAAUUGAGCGCCAUCGGCAUCCGGGGAGAUCUUCUGAACUGGAUUGGGGCGUUUCUGGUUGGUCGGAAACAACGUGUCUUUAUCGGAGAUGAUAUGUCAGAAUGGAUGAACGUGACCAGUGGUAUGCCUCAAGGCUCAGUUCUGGGACCAUUGCUCUUCAUCCUUUAUGUUAACGACAGCCUUCAGGAACUCGACUGCGGCAAAAUAAUGUUUGCAGACGAAAUUCAGCUCUGGCAAGUAAUUAAGGAUCCGAAUGAUCAGAGAUCCCUUUAA